UUUUUUGAAUCCCUCAGCUGCGGAUGAAGAGCACCCAGAGCGGGCUGUGGAGGAAGCAGGCGGCCACCCCUCUGGAUGGAGCUCACCCCACAACUUCUCUCCAGCCGCCGUUUCGCCGCUCAAGCUGCGGCAACACUUCUCUCUAGGAUUUGCUUGCUGUGACGAGCCGGACUGGACCUUUACUACUUUCGCGACCCGCCGACAUGUAUUCAGCAGCGCUGCUACUGAUGCUGGCCGUCCGGAUCUGCGCAGACAACCUGGAGCGACCAACAGCUGGCUGCACCUUUGACGAGGACUCGGACUCUGGGUUGUGUGAAUACCGCCAGGGUCAAGAGGACGACUUUGACUGGCAGUUGAUCAAGACCUUCAACUGGCCAAACCCGACAGCAGACCUCCUGCCAGGGUCCUUCAUGAUGGUCAAUUCCUCUCAGCAUUUGGGGGGUCAGCGAGCACAGCUGUACCUGCUCCCCCUGAGUGAGAACGACACACACUGCAUACAGUUCAGCUACUUCCUGUACAGCCGUGACGGCCACAGCCCGGGGGCCCUACAGGUCUACAUCCGAGUCAACGGCGGCCCCAAGGGCAGCGCCGUGUGGAAUAUCUCCGGCUCCCAGGGGCGACAGUGGCACCAGGUGGAGCUGGCCGUCAGCACCUUCUGGCCCAGCGAUUACCAGGUCAUCUUUGAAGCGACCGUUUCCGAAGAGCGGCAGGGUUACAUCGCCUUGGAUGACACCGUGCUGCUCAACUAUCCCUGCUACAAGGUGCCUCAUUUCUCUCGGCUGGGAGACGUGGAGGUGAACGCCGGGCAGAACGCCUCGUUUCAGUGUGUCGCCACGGGCAAAGUGUCUGAGACGGAGCCGUUCGUGCUCGAGCGGAGAAACAGCGCCGUGCUUGACACUUCCUGGCUGUCGCGGCUGAGCCACAAGCGGCUGAUGGCGACGUUUCAGGUGGAGGCGCAGCGCGGCGAGCAGGACCUCUACCGCUGCAUCACCCUGUCCCCCAGGGGGGCCGCCGUCUCCAACUUUGGAGAGCUCAUCGUCAGAGUCCCGCCCACGCCCAUCGCCCCGCCCCAGCUCCUGCGAUCGGGCCCCACCUACCUGAUCAUCCAGCUCAACACCAACUCCAUUGUUGGAGACGGACCUGUCAUCCGGCGGGAGAUCCAGUACCGGGCCAGCCAGUCCACCUGGAAGGAGACCCAUGUGGUGGGCUCGCUCACCUACAAGGUCUGGCACCUGGAGCCAGACACAGAGUACUACAUCAGCGUUCUGCUGACCCGACCCGGGGAGGGAGGCACCGGAGCGCCGGGCCCACCGCUGGUCAGCCGGACCAAGUGUGCAGAGCCCAUGCGUGCCUUGCGGGGCCUCACAGCCACAGAGAUCCAGCCGCGUCUUUUGGCCCUUCAGUGGGAGCCGCUGGGCUACAACCUGACACGCUGCCACACGUACACGCUGUACCUCUGCUACCGCUACUCCAUGCCGACGGGGAGCAGCGGGGGCAACAACGCCACUGUAAGGGAGUGCCUGUCGGUGGACCGCAACACCUCCCGCUUCACCCUCAGGGACCUGCCACCCUUCCGGGCGGUCCAUGUGAGGCUGGCACUGGCCAACCCAGAGGGCAAGAAGGAGAGCCGGGAGGUCACCUUUCAGACGGAGGAGGAUAUUCCUGGGGGCAUCGCUCCAGAGUCUUUAACCUUCACUCCACUCGACGACAUGAUCUUCCUCAAGUGGGAGGAGCCUGUGGAGCCCAACGGUCUCAUCACACAGUAUGAGAUCAGCUACCAGAGCAUUGAAUCCUCUGAUCCGGGCAUCAACGUUCCCGGUCCUCGCCGCACCGUCUCCAAGCUGAGGAAUGAAACCUACCACAUGUUCUCUGGCCUGCACCCUGGAACCACCUACCUGGUCUCUGUUCGGGCCCGCACGGCCAAAGGCUUCGGCCAGACUGCUCUCACAGAGAUCACUACCAACAUAUCUGCCCCUGUGUUCGACUAUGAAGACAUCCCGUCUCCACUGAGUGAGUCAGAGAGCACCAUCACCGUGCUGCUGCGCCCUGCCCUGGGGAGGGGGGCGCCUGUCAGUGCCUACCAGGUGGUGGUGGUGGAGGAGGACGGCUCCCGCCGGGUGAGGAGGAGAGAGCUGGGCACCGUCGACUGCUUCCCUACGGCUAACUCCCACAGCGAGGCGCAGGCCAAAGGGGCCCCGCAUUACUACACAGCCGAGCUGGCCCCCAGCAGUCUGCCUGAGGCCACGCCUUUCACUGUGGGGGACAACCACACCUACAAUGGCUACUGGAACAGUCCUUUAGACCCCACCAAGAACUACCUCAUCUACUUCCAGGCUACCAGCAACUUCAAAGGGGAGACCAGGAUAAAUUGUAUUCGAAUUGCUCGGAAAGCUGCCUGUAAAGACUCCAAGCGAGCUCUGGAGGUAUCCCAGCAUGCCGAGGACAUGGGCCUGAUCCUGGGCGCCUGCGCCGGCGGUCUGGCGGUUCUGGUUCUCCUCCUGGGGGCCAUCGUCAUCAUCGUGAAGAAGGGAAGGGACUUCUAUUCUUACCCUUACUACCCUAGGAAGAAGGUGGCCAUAAACAAGGCGGCCAUGUCCUACAGGCAGGAGAAGAGCCGGAAGCUGAGCCCUCUGGACUGCAGUCUGACGGAGCAGAGCACCCUCCAGCAGGACGAGAGGAUGGCUCACUCCUUCAUGGACGCCCACGGCUGCAACGCUCGAAAUGAGCAGCGUAGCUCGGUCAACGAGUCCAGCAGCUUGCUGGGAGGCUCGCCGCAGCGCCACUGUCGGAGGAAGAGUUCUCCGUACCACACGGGUCAGCUCCACCCGGCGGUGAGGGUCGCCGACCUGCUUCAGCAUAUCAACCAGAUGAAGACGUCUGAGGGAUACGGCUUCAAGCAGGAGUACGAGAGUUUCUUCGAUGGCUGGGAUGCCACCAAGAAGAAAGACAAGACCAAAGGUCGACACGACAGCCUGCUCAGCCCUGAUCGACAUCGAGUCAAGCUCCACUCUCUGCUGGCAGACCCCAGCUCAGAUUAUGUCAAUGCCAACUACAUAGACAUUCGGAUAAACAGGGAAGGUUACCAGCGAUCAAACCACUUCAUUGCCACUCAAGGCCCCAAGCAGGAGAUGAUCUAUGAUUUCUGGCGGAUGGUUUGGCAGGAGAAUUGCUUCAGUAUUGUCAUGCUCACCAAGCUGGUGGAAGUGGGCCGGAUGAAGUGUUUUAAGUACUGGCCUGAAGACACUGAGCUGUAUGGCGACAUUAAGAUAACGCUACUGAAGACGGAAACCCUGGCAGAGUACACAGUCCGCACCUUCGCCAUGGAGCGGAGAGGCUACCCUGCUAAGCACGAGGUGUGCCAGUUCCACCUGACCUCCUGGCCUGAGCACGGCGUGCCGUACCACGCCACGGGCCUGCUGGCCUUCCUGCGCAGGGUCAAGGCCUCCACACCCCCCGACGCUGGACCUGUGGUCGUCCACUGCAGCAUGGGCGCCGGCCGGACUGGCUGCUACAUCGUGCUGGACGUCAUGCUGGAUAUGGCCGAAUGUGAAGGAGUGGUGGACAUCUACAACUGCGUGAAGACGCUGUGCUCCCGUCGGAUCAACAUGAUCCAGACUGAAGAGCAGUACGUCUUCAUCCACGAUGCCAUCCUGGAGGCCUGCCUUUGUGGAGAAACUGGCAUCCCCGUGUCUGAGUUUGCUCUUGCCUACAAGGAAAUGCUGAAAGUGGAUUCUCAGAGCAACACCUCGCAGCUCAGAGAGGAGUUUCAGACGCUGAACUCGGUGACUCCUCACCUGGACGUGGAGGAGUGCAGCGUCUCCCUGAUGCCCAGGAACCGGGAGAAGAACCGCAGUAUGGACGUUCUGCCGCCGGACCGCUCCCUGGCCUUCCUCGUCACCACCGAGGGCGAGAGCAGCAACUACAUCAAUGCAGCGCUGGCCGACAGCUUCCUCCGACCCGCUGCCUUCGUGGUGACGCCUCACCCGCUGCCCGGCACCACCACCGACUUCUGGAGGCUCAUAUACGACUACAGCUGCACCUCGGUGGUGAUGCUGAACCAGCUCAACCAGUCCAACUCUGCCUGGCCCUGCCUGCAGUACUGGCCGGAGCCUGGGAUCCAGCAGUUCGGCCCCAUGACUGUGGAGCUCCUGUCCAGGACUGCAGAUGAUGACGUCAUCAUCCGACUCUUCCGGAUUCAGAAUAUCACACGGCUGCAGGAGGGUCAGCUGGUGGUGCGCCACUUCCAGUUCCUGCGCUGGUCCCCGUACCGAGAUGUUCCCGACUCCAAGAAAGCGUUCCUCAGCCUUCUGGCUCAGGUCCACAACUGGCAGCGGGAGUGUGGCGAGGGACGCACCAUCGUCCACUGCCUGAACGGCGGCGGUCGCAGUGGCACUUUCUGCGCAUGCACCAUGAUCCUGGAGAUGAUACGACAUCACAGCAUGGUGGACGUGUUCUUCGCUGCCAAGACGCUGCGCAACUCCAAGCCAAACAUGGUGGAGACCAUGGAGCAGUACCGUUUCUGCUACGAGCUGGUCCAGGAGUACCUGGACUGCCUGGAGGUCAGAUAGCGCCAGCUGCUUCCACCGCGUCCCUUCUCAAGGAAACGGCCAGGAUCUGGGAUCCCGCUUCCUGGAUCUUUGCCUCAUUAGUCCCUAGCAUACUGCUCUGGUUGGAUCCUUCGCCAUGCCUGGAUGAGAACAUUAUCAACCCUACAGACCUUAAGAGAAAACUUAAAACUUGUAACAUACCACUCAAAACAACUUCCCCUUCUCCCCCCUGAUCCAAGCCGGUCUCUUCCGUGCCAUGUAACAUCUGCCAAACCAGAGGACUUUAACCGGAGAGCUGACUCCGUCUCCUACUCCUUACAGGAUCUAAAGAGCUCCUCUGUAUCCUGCCUUACUCUGAACAAACACUGAAAAAA